AUGUGCAUCGGCACAACUCCAGGUACAAUGCAAAACGGUGGUGUUCUUGAUAAUAACAAUGUUGAUAAUAAGAACAAAGGGAAGGCUAUACAAUUGGGAUCCGUUUCUGAAGAUAAUCACUUAGAGGAAUCUGCUAGUGAUGGUUAUGACACAACGAACAACAACGAUGAGUCUGAUCCUGGAUCCUCACCACUAUCAGAUAGUUUACUAGACCCUGACUCUUUGGUCUACGAAGACGAUUCUGAUCAUUAUGGCUAUGAGAUGGAGGAGGAGGAGGAGGAAGAGGAGGCUGAUGAUUACGUCUCCGAGUAUCAAGCCCUUUUUGAUGCCAAGGAGAAGGAGCUCCCAGCUGGUGUGGAGGUGACAAUGGAUUGGCUUCCAAAUUCUAAAUCAAGUGGAAGCAGCAAGUCUUCACGUGAAGAGCACGGUAUUAAACAAGAAGCUACUACCAGCAGCAGCUCCAAGAAACCAAAAAUAAUAAGUGGAACCCAUUCUCAACAUUCAGAUACACCAUGGAAGGCUUUACCACACAACGCUAAAGGAGUCACACCGAACUCUGCUUACGCUUUGCCACAGAAUCAGUUUGACCCUGAGUCUCCUUUUCCAGCUCUAGCUUCUUCUAGUGCGCUGCUUCUCACACAAAACAAGCCAAAAGGUUUUUAUAAUGCUCGGCCUGGAGUGCAAGAGGUUAUUUCAGCUUCAGAUGCUUCCAGAGUUAAGAGAAAUAUGGAUUAUCUUGGCAAGUAUGUGUUUUUCAAAAGAUUUGACAUCGUCGAAGAUUUGGUGGACCACCAGUAUGCUUCCAAAGGAACAGCUUCACAAACGCAUUCAAAGGAAUGGGCUAAAAGGAUCCAAGAAGAGUGGAGGGUUCUUGAAAAUGACUUGCCAGAGACGAUAUUUGUGAGAGCUUAUGAGUCUAGGAUGGAUCUUUUGAGGGCUGUGAUUAUCGGAGCCGAUGGAACUCCUUACCAUGACGGUCUCUUCUUUUUCGAUAUCUUCUUUCCGGAUACAUACCCUUCUGUACCACCAUAUUUUGAAGACUUCUCGUAUGGGCAUUUCUUCAGCUGUGCUCAUGACGUGUUGAAGGCGUGUGAUGCUUAUAAAAACGGAGCUCCAGUGGCAUCUUUGGUGAGGGGAAAGGUUAAAGAGGGGGAAGAGAGUAAAGAGAAAUGUUCUGAGAAGUUUAGGACAGAUGUGGCUACCUUUGUGGACACGCUUUUGUUGAAGGAGUUCAUUCUUUUAGGCGUUCUUGGUCUCGAACCAGAAGAAGAAGACAAUCUCUCAGAGACUAAGGUUGCAGAGAGCAGCAGAAGUAAAAGACCAAAGAGAGGCAGAGUUUCUUCAAAUUGAGCUUCAUUGCUUCUUUUUAUUCUUCUUAAGAACCAGAACAUAGGACUUCGUUCAUACCUUUUUU